AUGGCUCCCGAGUCUUCUCACACUUCUGCAGGCAGCGCCACCACAGAGCCAGACAUCAAAGAACACGCCGAAAGUGACAUUCUCAAGAUCGGCAGCUCGCUCGAUGCCGGAGGGGACUGGGCAUACACUGCAGUUGAGCUCGAAGGCGACUACCUUCAAGAGCAGCCACUGUGGCUAGACAGCACGCACAUCGAUCAGGACCUUCGACCCCUGCGCCCUCUCACGCUCCGCUUCACAGCCCAAGCAAAGAGCGAAGGACAGAUCUGUCCAUCCCGAGUCCAAACCACAAUACGCGACGCAAUCUGGGACAAAGUCCACCGCAUUCUGCCCAAAGUCUCGACAGCCCACACUCUUCCAGACAUUGUCUUCCACUCAGACCCGCACGACGAAGAUCCCGGCGUCGAGUAUAUCGAUCUGAUCUUUGAAUGCCCCAACGUGCUUCAAGGCGUGAUGAAGGGCAUCGCGGAGAUCCAGAUCGAGAGCUUCAGGGGCAAUGCUGCAGGCGACUUUACGCAGCUCUGCGCUACAGGGUCCUUGGCCGGAGAUAUCAUGCAGUUCGACAUCGAAGGUCUACCUGUGGACACCACCGACUUCUCCGCCGUUGUCGAAGGCUUGACCAGCAUCGCAUCAGACAUUGGAUCCGUCACUGGUAUCGCUAAGAUCAUGGCCUAUUCGAAGAAGUGGGACAAGGAAACCUACACAGGUAUCAUCCGCGGCUCCAUCGAGCUCAAUCGGGAGGGCAUGCUGCUUCCCUUUGUCGACUUGGCACGAUCCCUGCCAACUCACAUCGACGUCGGCGGAGUCGCCUACACCCUUGUGUACCCCGGCAGAGGUUUGCACGAAGAGCACAAGGUGGCUCACGUCUCGCAAGUGCUCGUCAAGCAGGACAAGCAAGGAGCGACAAAGAAGAAGCGCCCUCGAACCAGCGCAAAGGGCGAAUCUUCGAGCUCAACCGCCGCGAAGAAGAAGUCGAGGAAGACCAAGUAG